CCGCGCAAUUCCCAAAUAUAAAUCUCGCGAGUCGCGACCCUCCGAGCUAGGGUUUCGUCGCCUCCACCACUCGCACCGUCGCACGCCUCCGCCGAACCCGCGCGAACCGACCCCCGGACCCUGCUCGCCGACUGCGGCGGCCGCCAUGGGGACGGAGCGGAAGCGCAAGGUGAGCCUCUUCGACGUGGUUGACGAGACCUCCGUCUCCGCCAAGCUCGGCCGCGCCGCCACCACCAACGGCGCCGCCGCCGCCGGGGCCAACCCGUCCAUCAAUCGGUGGACGGGGAGGCCUUACUCGGCGCGGUACCUCGAGAUCCUCGAGAAGCGCCGUACGCUCCCCGUGUGGCAGCAGAAGGACGAGUUCCUCACCGUCCUCCGGGACAACCAGACCCUCAUCCUCGUCGGAGAAACUGGAAGCGGCAAGACCACUCAGAUCCCCCAAUUUGUGCUCGAUGCUGAAGGCUUGAGCAACCGCUCAAUGGUCGCUUGCACCCAGCCGCGGAGGGUGGCAGCUAUGUCAGUCUCCCGGCGUGUUGCGGAGGAGAUGGAUGUUACUAUCGGGGAGGAAGUUGGUUACAGCAUCCGUUUUGAGGAUUGCAGUAGUCACAAAACAGUUCUCAAAUAUUUGACAGAUGGUAUGCUUCUGAGAGAAGCUAUGGCAGACCCACUUUUAGAGAGGUACAAGGUGAUUGUUCUUGAUGAGGCCCAUGAGCGAACAUUAGCAACAGAUGUUCUAUUUGGGCUUCUGAAGGAGGUUCUAAAGAAUAGACCUGAUUUGAAGCUUGUUGUUAUGAGUGCUACCCUUGAGGCCGAGAAAUUUCAGACUUAUUUCAGUGGUGCACCAUUGAUGAAGGUUCCUGGAAGACUUCAUCCAGUUGAGAUCUUUUACACGCAAGAACCAGAAAGAGACUACCUAGAAGCUUCUAUCAGGACAGUUGUGCAGAUACAUAUGUGUGAGCCUGCUGGAGAUAUCCUUGUUUUCCUUACUGGAGAGGAGGAGAUUGAGGAUGCCUGCCGGAAAAUAAAUAAGGAAGUUAAUAACAUGGGGGAUCAGGUUGGCCCAGUUAAAGUUGUGCCUUUGUAUUCUACGCUUCCUCCAGCAUUGCAGCAGAAGAUUUUUGAACCUGCUCCAGCCCCAUUGAAAGAGGGAGGCCCCCCUGGAAGGAAAAUUGUUGUGUCCACAAACAUUGCUGAGACAUCCUUAACCAUCGAUGGUAUAGUGUAUGUGAUAGACCCAGGGUUUUCCAAACAAAAGGUUUACAAUCCAAGGAUAAGGGUGGAGUCCCUUCUGGUUUCGCCAAUUUCAAAGGCUAGCGCACAUCAGAGAGCUGGUCGUGCUGGAAGAACGCAACCUGGAAAGUGUUUCAGGUUAUACACAGAGAAGAGUUUUAAUGAUGAUUUACAGCCACAGACGUACCCAGAAAUUCUUAGGUCAAAUCUGGCAAAUACGGUUCUUACCUUGAAGAAGCUUGGGAUUGAUGAUUUAGUGCAUUUUGACUUUAUGGAUCCUCCCGCACCAGAAACUUUAAUGAGGGCCUUAGAAGUUCUUAACUAUUUGGGGGCACUCGAUGAUGAAGGAAACCUCACUCCUUUAGGUGAAAUAAUGAGUGAAUUUCCUCUAGAUCCUCAGAUGUCAAAGAUGCUUGUCAUCAGUCCAAAGUACAACUGUUCAAACGAGAUCCUUUCAAUAUCUGCCAUGCUGUCAGUACCCAAUUGCUUUCUCCGGCCUAGGGAUUCACAGAAGGCUGCUGAUGAAUCGAAAGCUCGAUUUGGCCACAUUGAUGGGGACCACCUGACACUUCUAAACGUGUACCAUGCAUACAAGCAGAACAAUGAAGAUAUCCAGUGGUGUUAUGAUAACUACAUCAAUUCCAGAGCUCUAAAGUCUGCUGAUAAUGUUAGGCAACAGCUUGUUCGCAUCAUGACCAGAUUUAACCUCAAGAUGUGCAGCACAGACUUUAAUAGUCGGGAAUACUACGUCAAUAUAAGGAAAGCCAUGCUUUCAGGGUACUUCAUGCAGGUUGCUCACCUGGAGCGAACAGGACAUUACCUGACCGUCAAAGAUAACCAGGUUGUCCAUCUUCACCCUUCCAACUGUCUGGACCAUAAGCCAGAGUGGGUAAUCUACAACGAAUAUGUCCUGACGACCAGGAAUUUCAUCCGCACUGUCACUGAUAUCCGUGGAGAAUGGCUGAUUGAUAUAGCUCCACACUAUUACGACCUUAGCAAUUUCCCCUCAUGCGAGGCAAAGCGCGUCCUUGAGAGGCUGUACAACAAGCGGGAGAGGGAAAGAGCUGCUAACAGAAACUGAAGUUGAUGUUGUUUCCCUCUUGCGCCUUGCAAGCUGCAACCUAGAAGCAAUGGCCUUGGGAUCAAGAUAUUUUUCUUCAUUUUAGAACGUGUAGCCUGUGACGCAGGAUAUUCUGUACCGAUCUCCAUAUUCUGUGGAUUUAGCACUUGUUUUCUGUUGGCAUAUUUGCUGGGUUUUGGGUUUCAUUUUGUCUUUAAAGUGAAAUGUUUACCAUUGCUAGCUUAGCCUGACUAUUUACUUCCGACACAGUUCGCAAAACAUCUUUUCUUAUUUUACACCCACCGAUUUUAAAAUUAAUUUUAUACCACCUCUGCUCUAAAAUAUACAAGCAUUCUGGCUGUGAAUUAAGAUUAGUAUCCAUUCCCCUAUAUUAUGAAAUAUUUU